UCAGCUACAUUUAAAAGACCUAUAAUCAACUGAGCCACUGUAACAUCAGACAACACGAUAAUGGAGGACUCAACAGAGGUGCGGACAGACGGAAACUCCUUGCUUAAAGCUGUAUAUCUGUGCCGCCUGAGGCUGACACGCCUGCUUCUGGAAGGCGGAGCAUACAUUAAUGAGAGCAAUGAGAGGGGAGAAACACCACUAAUGGUGGCCUGCAAGAGCCACCAUGCCGAUGCUCAGAGUGUGCCAAAACCCAAGAUCAUCAGGUAUCUUUUGGAAAAUAAUGCAGACCCCAACAUUCAGGACAAGUCUGGUAAGACAGCCCUAAUGCAUGCCUGCAUAGACAGGGCAGGGGAAGAAGUCCUGUCCCUUCUGCUCUCCAGUGGAGCAGACCCUAGUUUGGAGGACCACACUGGAUCCUCUGCUCUGGUCUACGCAGUUAAUGCUGGAGAUAAGGAAUCACUGAGAGUACUACUGGACGCCUGCAAGGCCAAAGGCAAGGAAGUCAUCAUCAUUACAACAGAUAAACUACCCUCUGGAAGGCAAAUGACCAAACAGUAUCUGAACAUACCUCCUCCUCCAAAUCUUGAGGACCGGUUGCACUGUGCCCGUGCAUCAUGUAUGUCCCCGCCUGAAAUUAAAAUCUGUACCCCUCAUAUUUUGCCACCAACCAACAUCCAGUCUGAGAGUCUGGGCUCCACUUCAGCACUGUCCAUAUCUAAGCCAGGAUCACCAACUCAAGAUUCAAGCCCUUUGCACGCAGCUAGUGUUGCCAAGUUGCUGCAUCUACAGAGGCUUCACUCAGAGCCCUGGUUGAAGAUCCCUCCAUCUGUGCUCCUACAGCAAAGUAAGUCCUCAUCCCUGACAGAGGAGCUUCUGGAUAUCACCCCCGAAGAAGAGCUCUCUUUUGGGUACAAUGGUUGUCCACCUCUGCGGAGAGCAAUGGUUGCUAGGCAUCAAAGCAUUGAUGUCAAAGACUCUACCGGUCUGCUUAAAGGCUUAGAGAAAGCUGCUAAAAGUGAAAGAGAAAUAAUAAAAGACAAGAAAUGGCUUAAUAGAAAAAUGUCCUAUGAUGGUGAGUUACUACCACACUCUUCCUCACAGCAGAACCUCAAGCAGGCAUCUGUCUCGGACACUGCCCCUGUGGACAGAGACUCAGACUGUCUCCCCAAUUUGACAGUUUCAAGCCUCUGCAACGUGGUCCGUCGCCGCAACAUUGGAAUGGACCACUACAGCUCCGACUCUCAGUUGCCUCAAUUUGGGAGCCAACCCUCUGAAGACCAUGGCAAGGCUGGAGGAGGAACUGGGGGGAUGGAGAAACGCAAGCUUGUCACCAGCCGUUCCUCCACACUAUCUGGAUCCAGAGAGUCUUUGGAGAGUCUUGUCCAGAGGAGGACUCCUGCAAUGCUGGAGCGGAGGGGAUCCGGAGCACUUCUCCUGGACCAUAUCGCACAAACCCGGCCUGGUUAUCUACCACCUCUCAAUCCACAUGCACCCAUACCAGAUAUCAAAGUCAAUACCAGUAUCAGCCUCAAUAGUGGAAGUAAACUUGUGGCAGGAACUUCACCAAUUGUUCCAGGAUCGAGGCAUUUUGUGCCCUGUGCCCCAAGCAAUCCUAGAGAUCACAAGAAGACUUUGCUAAGACGACACUCCAUGCAAACUGAGCAGAUCAAGCAGCUGGUCAAUUUUGAGGAGAUCUUUGGACAGUAAAAAUCACAGAAGAUAAUGGUAAAUAUAGAAGUAUGAAGAAAUGCUCUAAUGUCAUAAAAGGGAAACAUUUUUAUAAUUUACUGUAUACAGAGUCUGAAAUCUGAACAAGACACAUUUUAGAUUAAAACAGGAAUAACAAUGAUCUCAACUACUGCCCUAAAUGCACUUUACAAACUGGACAAUGGGAAUGGCCCGAAAUGUUCAAUUCCACCAUUAUAAAUUUACUGCACUUUACUGCUGUUCCUUGUGCUCUCAGUCUUUAGUGCACUGAAUCAGAAUACUGAAACUUUGCUGCUGUUCAAGGUACUGCUUUCACUCUAAACUUGAUUCAUGUCUUUAUUGUCUUUGUAUUUACAAAAGACAAUAUGUACUGACUUGUAUUCACCUAUUUACUAUAUGUAUACUGAAAUGUCUUAUGUAACAGAACAUAGUAGUUUCAGUUUUUGUGUGUAUAUGUUAUAAUAAGCAUAACAUUUAUUCUAUAAGGUUAUGCAUAUGUGAUGACAAUUCAAAUGUGCAAAAUGUUACAAAAUGCAAAUAUAGAUUAAAAAAAUAUAGCAUUUCUCUGGGAUUUAUAUUUUUCUCCCUCUAUACAUCAAUAAGUUAACUAGGCUUCAGACAACCAAAUAAACUUAUAUUUAAGACUUAAAUUUAAGUCUUUAAUACAGAGUACAUAGGAUGUAUUCACAUGUCAAUGUGCAUUCACGUUUAGUAUUUUUACUUUUCAAAGUACAUUUCAGUAAUUGCUUUUCAUUUAGGAGUAGCCAGACAGUCCGCUAAACUGUGUCCUCUGUGAUAUUAAAGAUCAUAGUAGAUCCUGGUUUUCCUUAAGUUUUGCCUGUAGGGUAACAGAUCCUCCACUUUAAGAACAUCAUUCUUGCCUGUC